AUGCUUAAGCAGGGUCGUCUCGACCGCAAGUACGACGGUAUCGUCGACUGCUUCAAGCGUACCGCCGCUGACGAGGGUGUCAUGUCCCUGUGGCGUGGUAACACCGCCAACGUCAUCCGUUACUUCCCCACCCAGGCCCUGAACUUUGCCUUCCGUGACAAGUUCAAGAAGAUGUUCGGUUUCAAGAAGGACCGUGACGGCUACUGGUGGUGGAUGGCUGGUAACCUGGCCUCCGGUGGUGCCGCUGGUGCCACUUCCCUGCUCUUCGUCUACUCCCUCGACUACGCCCGUACCCGUCUGGCCAACGACGCCAAGAACGCCAAGAAGGGUGGUGAGCGCCAGUUCAACGGUCUCGUUGACGUCUACCGCAAGACCCUCGCCACUGACGGUAUUGCCGGUCUCUACCGUGGUUUCAUGCCCUCCGUUGCUGGUAUCGUCGUCUACCGUGGUCUGUACUUCGGCAUGUACGACUCUAUCAAGCCUGUCGUCCUCGUCGGUUCCCUCGCCAACAACUUCCUUGCCUCUUUCGCUCUCGGUUGGUGCGUCACCACCGGUGCCGGUAUCGCCUCUUACCCUCUUGACACCAUCCGUCGUCGCAUGAUGAUGACCUCUGGUGAGGCCGUCAAGUACAAGGGUACCUUCGAUGCUGGUCGCCAGAUCGUUGCCAAGGAGGGUGUCAAGUCUCUCUUCAAGGGUGCUGGUGCCAACAUUCUCCGUGGUGUCGCCGGUGCUGGUGUCCUGUCCAUCUACGACCAGCUCCAGGUCCUCCUCUUCGGCAAGGCCUUCAAGGGUGGCUCUGGCUAA